AUGUCGACCUCUAGUCAAGAUCCCGAGUCACCGCUAUCGGACCCAUUGUCGUCAUCGGAGCCUCAGUUAAAGAUACCAUCAGAGGACUCAUUACUUCUCAACCUUCCGCCUGAGCUUAUUGAUAACAUCCUUUCUCAUCUUUCACCUUAUGAGCUCACAGCUAUUUCCGCUACAUGUCGUGAUCUGCGCAAGCAUGCUCUGUCCGACAUUCUUUGGCACCCUCUUGUCCAAGAGAAUGUUCCUGGUAUGACGAUCACAAGUCCUCAUCCCUGCAAGAAUUAUCAUGACCUCUACGCCUCUCAUGAUCGCCUCUGGUUCCUUCCUCGACAAAAGAUCUGGUUUUGCGACCGUGAUCUUACAGGAAGACUCAUGCUUGUUCGCUAUGACCCUCGUCGAGGCUGUAUAGAGGGCUACCAACUUCUCGCAAGCAGAGGUCGACCGCUACACCAAAGCUGGCUUGGUCAAGGCGAUGUCUUGAUUCAAGAAUUUGACCCAAAAGUCAAACUUCAUCUUGACAAGCCUGUUCUGCAGUUCCGAGUGGGAGACGAAGCUCCAGUUGAGUUCACAACUCGACCUGGUGCUAAUCGCUUCGCCGAUGAAAUGCCCGUCACACUCGAUGACCGAAUCGACGCUCUAUUCAGCAAUUUCAUGCUGACAUGUGAGCUCGAUCAAGACGAAGCCAAUGAUAACCUCAAGAGCACAUUCCCAUACGGCAACAUCUGGCCACCACCGUCCGUACCUUCGGAUCACCACGUAUCAGGCGGCAGCACACAAAUCACCGAGGAGGGUAUCUUUGUCAACACACCAGCGACCCGACCCCGACGGCGCAGAGAUGUUUCCGAGCGAUUCUUCCGAGUCCGACAAUGGAUGGAAAUGGCGGGCGGAUUAGCUCGCGUUGGUAUGGCUGCCGGUAUGACUGGGAUAUUUAACAUGCUAAGAUUGUCUCGUCCCGCAGCGACCGGAGGUCUUCCAGGUGUCCACGUCGGCGAGGAGCUGAUCACUUACUCAACGCUCGAUCCAAAACUGUACACGCCUACACCGUUGAAGCCGUGGAGAGGAAUCUGGGUUGGCGAUUACAGCACCCAUGGAUGCGAGUUCCUGCUUAUUCACCAACCUGACGACGAAACUCCAGCGACCGACGAAGAACUAGGACUUAUUCGCGGAGAGAAGGAGAGCGACGAAGCUUGGGUUGCGAGACGGGAUGAAGAGCGCACGUAUCAAGGACGACUCGAGGCUAUUAAGCUAACGGGAGAUCCUAAUGUUCCGCGCGGAGAGAUCACCUUUUUAGCCAAAGACUUGAGCAAUCUUGUUGACGGGCCUCCCGCAGACCCUCGCUUCCAAGGUUCGAGGGCGGUUCACAGCCAAGGCCAUAUUGCAGAUACAGGAUUUAUCUCAGACAGGUUUGUUGAAAGCCAGCUUAUCCUCGUUAGUCAUGAUCGCAUAGCGCAGCAUUGGGUUGAGUUUGGGCAUAUUAGCUAUUUCCAGAGGGUUGACAUUGAUCAGUUCCUGAAGGUGUAA